AUGAUGAUCUGCUAUUGGGUGAAGUUUACGGAUAUUCGCGUAACACUCCGGGCGUGUGACGACGGUUGGGUCGACUAUCGGGAUGAGAAAAGUUGCAAUCAGCUUAGCGAAGAGCUAGAUACUUUGCGGUACAAACUUAAUGCCACUGAAUACGUGCGUGACGUGCUAAAAAACGACCUUACUCAUACACAAAUUGAAUUAGGAAACUGUAAAUUAGAUGCAUAUAAUACCAAGAGAGAAUCGACAGAGCUUAAAAUAACAAAUGAUGUAUUGCCAGCCGUACCACUGGUGGUGAAGAGUCCAUACCUGUCCACUUGGAUGACUGGCCGACAAUUGGGAGACGAUUGGACGCGAUCCUGGAAUAAAGACAUCAGGGCUAUGGCCGGUAUGGUUCGGGUCGACGGACAGACCUUUGUGUUUAUGGGUGGUCUCGAAGGCAUUCGAGCCGUACAGUCGGGUCUUCGAGUGACUCCAACCCAAUCGGUGUUCACAUUCACCGCCGGACCCAUAGAACUGGUCGUAAACUUCUUCACUCCUAUCGAUCCGACAGAUCUCAAGCGUCUGUCACUUCCGGCCUCUUAUAUAUCAAUGAGCGCCCGAUCUAUGGAUCACAAAACACAUGAAGUCCAGGUAUAUCUGGAUAUGACUGGUGAAUGGGUUACCAGUGAUCUCAACCAAGUUGUUGAAUGGGAUGUAAGCGAAGUGAAGGGCAAAUCAAAUCUAAUUAACGGUAACUUUAGACUUAAAGAGCAAAAACAGUUUCAAGAAUAUCAAGAUUUAGCCCAAUGGGGAACCAUUAAGUUCUUCACCGACUCGACCGCCACUUAUGAGGCUAAUAGUUGUGAUACAGUAAUGCGCCCAAAGUUUAUCAAAACUGGUAAACUUGACAAUACUGUUUGCAACAAUUUCCGCAAAGUGUCGGACAAUUGGCCGGGCAUUGGGUUCGCGCGGACACUGAUUGCCGGCACCACUCAUACGGCGGCAAACACUGUGUAUUACGGCGUCGCUCACGUCAGACGACCGGCCAUUGAGUACACGGACUCAAAUCUGAACCAAUUAUGGGAAAGUUAUUUCAAUGGAGACGACAAACAGAUGAUUGACUUCUUCUAUGAAGACAGAGAGGACGCCAUUAGAAGAGCCACAGCUCUAGACACCCGUAUUGUGACCGACGCUCAGGCGGUCGGCGGCGAGAGUUAUGUUAAGGUUGUGUCCGCAGCGCUCAGACAGGCUUAUGGAGGUGUGGAAAUGGUUGGCACAGUUUGCAGGCCGUGGAUGAUGUUGAAGGAGAUCUCAUCGAGUCGUAAGUGUCAAACAGUGGACGCGAUUUACCCCCACUUUCCGGUUCAGCUAUAUCUCAAUCCAACGCUUUUGAAAUACCUUUUGGAACCACUGCUCGACUAUCAAGAGAGGGGUUUAUUCUCAAAAAAGUAUUGUUUACAUGAUUUGGGAUCUGAUUAUCCCAAAUGCAAUGGACAGGUGGGACAUGAUUUGGACAUGGAGGUCGAGGAGAGCGCUAAUAUGUUGAUCAUGAUGUCAGCCUAUGUCAGGGCCACUAAUGACAUACAGUUUGCCAAAAAGCACUACAAAAUUGCCAAACAAUGGACACAGUAUUUGGUCGAUCACGGGUUGAUCACAGGUGACGUUUUGACAACUGACGUCUAUUUGGGCCGAAUUACAAAUUCUACAAACCUUUCGGUCAAAGCCAUUGUAGGCAUCGGAGCGAUGGCACAGUUGGCUGAAAUCUACGAACAACAGGACGAGUGGUACCAACAGGUGAUGAAUGUCUACGGCUUGUCGUUAGGCUGUGAAAAACAGGACACAAAGUUUGAUUGGAUUAUGUUUACGGCCGCCGCGUCUGGCGAUACAAAACUGCGGCAAUUAUUGUUCGAUCGGACGGCCAAAUGGUUGCGCGAAACGCCGACUCGAGUGCCCUUUUCUGACUACGCAAACACUAUUACCGGCUAUUCAUCCGGUUUUGUGAAUCGCCCCGUAAUCGGCGGUGUAUUCGCGCCGUUGACUCUUAAACACUGAUUAAUUUUCUCACUUUGAACACUA